AACAACAAACGGAACCCGAAACGUCAGACGGCGCUUAUCUUCCUGACCUCCUCCUCCGUACUCUCGUGUCCAGCCAAGAAAAAUCAGUGAUCGCGAAACGAACGAAAUAUGUUGUCCACCUCAACCAGAGCUUUCCGGAUGCUGUCCCAGCUUGGUGGGGCGACCGGCCGGAGGACACUUUCGACCUUCACCCAUCAGGACGGUGUCGGUACGGUGCUGCUGGAUAACGAAAAAACACGAAACUCCCUUUCCCUCGAUAUGAUGAACAGCAUCCUGAGGAAUAUCGUAGAGAACCAAAAUAACCCGGAACUCCGAUGCAUCGUACUAACGGCCAAAGGGCGAGUCUUCUCUGCCGGUCACAAUCUCAAAGAGCUCACACCGGAACAAGGAUCGGAGGCCCAUUUGCAAGUGUUUCGCAAGUGCUCGGAACUGAUCGAUGCGAUACGAUCAGCACCCGUUCCGAUCAUUGCCAAGGUGGAUGGUUUAGCGGCGGCGGCCGGAUGCCAGCUCGUGGCCUCCUGUGAUAUUGCUGUCUGCAGUGAUACUAGUAGCUUUUCUACGCCAGGAGCAAGUUUUGGGAUUUUCUGUUCCACGCCCGGCGUUGCCGUGGUACGCGCCGUCCCUCGGAUGAAGGCUGCCUACAUGCUCCUAACCGGGCUUCCGAUCGAUGCCAAGGAAGCUCUCGAUGCUGGCCUGGUCAGUAAGGUGGUACCGCAGGAUCGUUUAGAUGAAGAAGUAACGAAAAUCUGCAAUGCGAUCGCAUCCAAGAGCCGGCCGGUGAUCGAGCUUGGUAAACGGUUUUUCUACGAACAGCUGCCGCUGGACGUGAAAACGGCGUACGCUCGCGGUGAGCAGGUAAUGGUCGAUAAUCUGGCCACCAAGGACGGCUGUGAGGGUAUCCGUAGUUUUGUAGAAAAGCGUAAACCCAAAUGGACACACGAAGGCUAGCGCACGGGUCCCAUGUGUAAUUUCCAGCUGCAUUUACAAACAAAGCGAUCUAAAGAAGAGCGAUCCAUAGGAGUAUCCUGCUGUUUUAGCCACACAAUCUAAGCCUUAAUAAACAUAGAACCUAGGCUUUUUGUUACCGAA